UUGGAUAAAGAUGGACGAAGAAUGCACACGGAUGCACGGAAAGACUUUUAAAGUCCCGCUAAUAGCAACAACAAAGGACUGGCCUCCAAAGACUGUCUCACAGCGAGGAGCAGGACAAUUGUGCUCACAGCCAAAAAUUCCUUUAAAAAAAAAAAAAACAUUGUAGCUCAUAUCGAGGAAGCAUUCUCAGGACGUGACAAGUUCCGACUUGGGUUUUUUUUUUUUUUUUUCCUGGCACUCCGUACUUAUUAUACUGAGCAAUAUACAAAACAGCAAAAGCGCAAAAACAAGAAAAAGUAACUUGCCGGAUGCUUCUUCAAACAUCCUCCAAAAGCACUCAGCUCUUAACCACCAACAGGUCCAAUGCUGUCCUGAAUUUAAGUGCAAUAUUUUUAUUUUUACAUGUUAUAUUAUUAUUAUUUGUUCAUUUAUUUGGAUAAUGUAGAACUUUAUGGGGCUUUAGCUCUGUAUUAACUUUAUUUGAUAAGAGAGAAGAGGAAACUUAGAGCUAUAAGUUUGACUUCCAGUGUAAACUCUCAUGUAUUUCAUGGAUUGCAAGCAAGCGUGUGUUGGCCACCCCUGGCAGCAGGCAGCCGGGAAUGAUUGUAAAUAUAAUUCUUUAAGAAAAGUAUGUGAUAUCACAUUAAAAAAAAGCAAAAAAUAAACCACAGUAUGUUUCCACUGGCUGUGAAAGUGGGAUUCAGCUGUAUUUCUGUACAUAAAAGAGACUCCAGACUAUUAUAAGAUGACAUGUACGGUAAUGUUGAGACAUAACAAAAGGAAAAUAGACCAAGCUCCUUUUCUGGUUAUACAUACAAUACAUUGUACUGCUUGUAAGGAGUCUUUUCCUGAAUGCGUUUUGAUCAUUUUCACUGUUUACAAGUCGACAUGCAUCUUCUACAAUAGCAACGUGAAAACAGUAGAUUGCAUCUGGUGUCCAAUGCUAAUGAUAAAUAAAACCAUCAGCUGAACAAGUCCAUGAGUGUGUGUGUGUGUGUUGUCCCUUUUAAAGACAUUAGCAUACCACAUAAUGGGAAUAAAUGUCAUCAAAUGGGAUUUAUUAUUUCAAGCUCUCUUUUUGAAGGGUUUAAUGAUUUCUACAAUCAAAUUCUUCAGCGAUUUUUACCUGGCAACCUUCUCACACUAAGAUAGUACACCCAUGCACUCUGACUGACACAAGUUGGAGCCAGUUAAAUGCCAGCACAUGAUCACAUCCUGAACCAAUCAGGGAGGAGUACACUCCCCUGUGUGGGUGUGACUCAAGCAGGUAUUAGCUUAGCCACUUCCUAGUUUAAGGCAGUCUGGUGGUGUACUCGGGACAUUUUCUACUCAAUACUUUCGCUAAAAGAUUUAAAUGACAGAAAAGUGUGUCUGACUUCAUCUAUAUUAAUGGUUUAGUUUGACGUAUCCAAAACAUAUCUUUAGUCUUUUUUCGCCGCUUAGCCAGCUAGCAAGUCAUGUUAGCCACUUAUAGUGUGGUUAGCCACAAAUAGUGUUUCUACAUUUAUAGAUACCUUAAACAGAAACAUACUAAAUCUAAAUCUAUAUUAUUAAUGUUGAUAUAUUAGUUUGAUGUACCAAAACAUAUGUUUAACCUUUUUCAGAUGUUUUAAAGCCACUUAAAGGUAAGCUUGUAGCCACUAGCUAGCUCGUCAUUGGCAACAAUUUAGCUGUGUAUCAGUUUAAUUUGAGUUUCUCAUAAUUUAUUACUUUUUCUACCUUAGUACAUGUUCAUUUUCUGUCUCAGUCCACAGUGGGACUCUUGGAUGCUCCAGAAUGGUAAGAUCUUUUUACCACCUUAUCGAGACUAAAUGAGAUAUUGGAAGUUGAAUAUUUGAGGGAAAGUAUAUGAAUUGUAUUUAAUGUAAAUCCGAUGAGGCAUGGUGAUGGUGAAGAUGGUUCCUGUGGUGACGUGGCCCAAUGUCCGAAGAAGAAGAGCAAUUGGGUGAAAGGUUUGGGUUUGAGUGUUUUGCUGGGGUGGAUUAGUGGAAACAGUUGGAGCUGUUUGUGCUUAAAUGGGGGGUUUGAUCAGUCUGAAGUGCUGCUGGACUCGCUAACAGCCCGCCUAAUCUUCUUUACCAUCUGUUUUGACAGACUUCUUUUUGGUUUGUUUCCUCCUCUCACCCUCACCGUAUUCUUUUUCUACCUAUUUUCGCAUGCAAGGGAAGUCCCUGUCUGAAGAUCGGGUUCCCUUUGUCCAAGUUUCCUUCCUGUGUCAACUCUCCAUCACAUAAUCUGUCAUUGUUUUGAAACGCGGCUGUCAUCGCAGCCUUUCUGUUUUCUUCUUUCCCAAAUAAGGCUGCUUCCCGAUUCCUCUGCUGUCUCUGGCUCUCGAAUGGACAUGGCCACUGUCGCGGCUCUUCGGAAUGACAUGGACUUUUAGUCUCUACUAUAUAUUUACUGCUUGUUAUGCAACAUUUUAUUGCGUUUACCCCGGCAGGAAAUCCUCUUUCCAGCAACCUUGACAGGGAUGUCGCUGUAAAAAAAAAAAAAUCAUGCGGCACUUUGUUGUAUUUAUUUAUAAGGGACUUUUAUAUGUGCAUUUGUACAGCAAAGCUGCUCGUCAUGCACACGUAAUAAAACCAUGGCCCAUAAUGGAGUGCAGGCCGUCAUCAAGGCCAAACAACUAUAGGAGAGUGAACCAUAUGAAAUCACAUCGGAAGUCAUGUAAAAAAAGUAAUCACCCACACAUUUUAGAGAGAAUAAUUGUAUCGUUUUACAUGCAGAAUAUAAUGCAAAGUCGUCCCUCGUUUAUCACGGUUGACUGGUUCCAGGUCUGAUUGGAUUCAAUAUUAAUAAAUAGAAACUUUUGGAGUUAGAGCAUAGAAAAGAUGUUUAUGACUUUCUUAAAUACGGUUUUUACUAUUACAGCCCUCUAGACAUGGAAUAACACCACUAGAGUCGUAAUAGAUCAUAUUCAACCACAAGAACAGUGAUCAUUUAUUCAUCGAUCCGUUUUUGAAAAAACAGUAAGACUGUUGAUGCAAACAUCCCAUAAAUCCCGGCCUUUGGUCCCAUGGCGGGUUAUUUAGCAGUUGCAUUCAAUAACAAAUGUACGGAGAGUCAUCAGUGAGUCAGCAAUGCAUGGUGUGCUGUGUUUGGGCACAGUACAGGCAAACAGACAAGUUUGUUACGUGCAGUAAUAUACACGAAACAAAGGUACAAACACCAAGGUUUGAUUGUAAGAAAAACAAGUUUAGUGGAACCUCAGUUAGCAUGUUUUUUUAGCUAACAAGUACAUUUUUGUGUAUGCGUCUUGUCAUGUUAUUAAUACACUGCAUGAGUGCAAGCAACUGUGAUCUUAAUAUAUUUUUAUCACAAAAUGUCCAUGUUGGCCUAUGUUCAUGUUUCCAGUUCCACAUGGAAACAUUGGAACUUGAAGAGGUGGCUGGAGAUCGGGAAGUCUGGAAUUCCCUACUGAGACUGCCGGAAGAGAAUAGAUGGAUGGAGACACGGAAAGAGAGAAUAAUGCAUGGAUCGGCAAAGGAAAUCCAGCAAAUGUCGCCGCAAUAUUUAAGAAACAGUCAAUCGGUCCCAUGCAUUCCCUUGUCUCCAACCCAACUGUGUCCUAUGGCCUGUGUUUGUCCGCUGAUGUCUUCCAGAGAUCCAUCACAGCCAUUCCUUUCUCUAGCUUGACACGAUCUCUGGUGACACCACUACGACCUACGCUGUCAAUGGGAACAUAAGUCCUACAUGAGCAAGCACUUGGUCACGGCGAUGAGGAAAGCUCCCUGACUCUGGAAGAGCAAGCGAUAAGAUGGCCAUCAUCAUCGACGGGCGGCUUUAAUUGAAGCAGGAUGACAUGCAGCAUGGCCUCGAAGAUUGACGGCCGCUUUGGAGUUUUUUUUAUGGCUCAUGAAUGAAUGAACAAAUCACAUCAAAUUCAUCUUCAUCCAUCUCAGUUCCACAGAGUCCUUCAGAGAUGCGGCCAGGAGUCCAGGCUCAGAGGAGGCGGAGUCAUGAGUGCGCCAGAGGCACCCAAUCCCGGCAAGGAGCAAGGGAGCGACGGGAGCAACGGCAAGCCUUCAACAUCAGCCGCCACCAGUAAGGACGCCAACUCCCCUCCCGUCACGAUAAAGAAGGAGCCGGGCACCGUGGAGACCAGCAACGGCAGCGUCUGUGAUGCCACCAACCCGGCGGAGAUUUGCGUCGUCAUCGGAGGGAGCGACCCCAAAGGCAGCGGAGGCGGAUCUCGUAGAACUCAGACGGAGGGUAUGUUCGCCCUUGGCACACCACCUCCAACGAAGAGCACAGACUCAUGCAUAGGUUCCUACAUAUGCGGAGUCUGUGGGAAGAAGUACAAGUACUACAACUGCUUUCAGACACAUGUCAGGGCACACAGAGAAUCUGAAGGCAUGGUUGCGGAUCUACAACCAGCGCCUAACAGUAGCUUCCGUUACUCCUGUGACAUCUGCGGCAAGAAGUAUAAAUACUACAGCUGCUUUCAGGAACACCGUGACCUGCAUGCAGUAGAUGAUCCAUAUGAGCAGGUCAUGCUGCCUGUCGACGGCCUUAAAGAAGAGGAGCCCAUUGAAGCCUACCAUAAAAUUGGACCAAAAACGGGUAGCUUUGUUUGCGAGUUCUGUGGGAAGCAGUACAAAUACUUCAACCCAUACCAGGAACAUGUUGCCCUUCACACACCGAUGAGCUCUUUUGAUCUGAAGACGUCACGGGUGCAGGAGUGCGGCAGCUUGGACAUGAGUAAGUUUGGCCACAGCCAAACUGAGAGGAUAAAAAACAGUCACUUCAGACGGAAAGUGGAGAAUGCAUUACAGUCGAGUCUGGUGGACACAAACAGCUCACAGAAUUCAAGCGGAACUCCGAGCCCUCUGGUGGCCACUUCCUUCCCUACACCUCAGAAACCCUACACUUGUGGUGCCUGUGGCAUCCAGUUCCAGUUCUACAACAACCUGCUGGAGCACAUGCAGUCCCACGCUGCCGACAACGAGAACCACACCAAAGGUGACUCUCCAAAAAUCUCCUCAGCCUCGGGUCCACAAGAGCAGCUGUGGAGAGUGUCCCCGGCCCAGGCCGCCCACCCCUCAGUCAAACUGCAGAUCCAACCUCAAAGUGUCGCCCAGAGAAACCACAGUAUCAGCCAGAACAAUGGCCUACCUGAGAAGGAGCGACUACAGGUGGCCGAGCGUCUCUUACGGGUAAUGUGCUCCGAUCUCAGCAUGCUCAACGUGCUGAACAGCAAGGACUUCCUCAAGCUGGCACAAACGCUGGUGGACACGGGAGCCCGUCACGGAGCCUACUCCACCCGCGAUGCCCUCGGCAACAUGAGUGCCUUGGCGCUGCGCCAGCUGCCUCGCAUGUACAACCAAGUCAAAGUCAAGGUCACGUGCGCCCUCGGCUCCAACGCCUCGCUGGGCAUCGCCGUCACGUGCCACUCUCAGACGUCGGGCCCGGAUGCCUGCUAUGUUCUCACAGCCUAUCAGGUGGAGGGCUCCAGACUGAAACGCUACGUUCUUGGCGUGAGGGAGGCGGAGCUGAGGGAGGGACCCGAGCAGAUCCACCACUGGGUCCAGAAUGUCCUGUCUGAGUUUGUCAUGUCAGACAUUCGCACUGUGUAUGUGGCAGAGCCCCGGGUAUGGGCUGCUGGAUUUGGGGCUUCCCCGCUUGGGGGCGGCGGACGUGGGCGGAUCUGCUUGCGCUGCGCAGGGUGCUCGCUCGGUGCCGUUGUCCAGGCUGUGCUGGGGAAGCGUAGCCUCCAGGCUCGAGGGCUGCACGAGCUGGCCGAGCUGCUCUCCACGUGCAGAGACAUCUCCUCCUCCACGACGCUGGCUCUCAGGGAGGAGCAGUACACCAACACCUCCUCAAGUUCCACAGAGGACGGCGCGCAGGGAAGCCCCUCCCAGUGCCCCACCCCUCCCUGCUGGGAUCGUACUGCUGAAGCUCUCCUGCAGGUCCACUCUCACUUUGAGCAGAUCUGCGAGACUUACGGGCGCAGCAAGUCUACGGCGCCUCUUCUCCAGGGCCUCAACAAGCACUUGUUAGGAACGCUGACUUGCCUGCUGGCCCCGCUGCGACUGGCGGCACUGGAGCUGAGCAGCCAGAGGAGGCCGACCUUGCAGCAGGUGCUUCCUGUCUACCUUCGCCUGGAGAAGUUUUUCACAUCCAAAGCAGGAGAGGCUGGGACCGGCAUGGCUAGCAAACUCUGUCACUACUUCCUAGAGGCACUGAAGGAGAACUUCAAGGUGGAGCGAGCCCACCAGGUGGCAAUGGUCUUGGACCCUCAGCUAAAGCUCCGCUCAGUCCCGGCUUACCAACACGAGGACAUCAUCUCCCGAGCAUGUGAACUUGCGGCUGAAACCAAGGACGCGGGUAUAUCUGGCGCCAGUGGGUCGUGCACAGAGGAACGGGACACUGACGGCCCGCCAAUGCCUAAAAUAACCCGCGUGGAGGGCGCCGGCAACAACGGCAGCACCUCCGUGGGGACAGUGUCCACCAACGACGAGAGUCAAAGCCAAGUCCGACAGGAGAUCUUCCAGUACCUGGCAGAGCCUCUUCUCCAGGGCACCACCGAUCUCUUCCAGUACUGGAGUUCCACAGUGGGUGACAAGUUCCCCAGGCUGGCCCGCCUGGCGCUGUGGCUCCUGGCUGUGCCCGCCGUGGGCAUACGCAGCGAAUGCGUAACGGUGUGCGAGCAGAGCCUGGCGAUGAAGAGAAGGCAGCAGGUAACCGCAGAAGAGAUGAACAAACUCAUUUUCCUUCGCUCUAAUAUGGGCUAACCAACCAAACCUUGACCACCUCCCCCUUCACCCAGGGACUUUUAUUUAUAUAGGCUUAGACCGACUGUAAACUUAUAUAUGUGUAUGACAGAUGAAAAAGAUGUUUUUAGGUUGCAAGCACCUGUAACAACAAGGCUUAUCUCAUUCUGUAUUUCACACGGAGAUGUUCAGUAUAUUAGGCUCACAUUGACGACUGUCUCGCCUCAAGACUAAACCGCUUUAAAGGCUACAUGCUGUUAAGGGAUGGCCGGCAAGGGCAGUAAACCUCAAGAUUGGUGGAGCAAAUACAGUAGCUUAUACCGUAGACGACAAAAGGGUCUGAAUUUUCACUGCCUUUUGCGCAUCUUCAUUUUCAGAUUUGUGGUUAAUGGCAGCGAAAUGUGUUUUUAUUUCUCGACGACUUAUUUCUAAAGCACUUGUUGUUUUUCCUUCAAAAGGGUUCAAACACUCAUUACAAUCUUAGACUGGAUUUACACUGUGGACAAUUCCGAUACUACAGUUUUAACCUUGGUUCUAUUCCAUAAGCUCAAAUGAGACCGAAUACAUUUUUUGCACUUUUACCUUCUUUGAAGACUAGUUGGUGAACCUGGUGAUGUUUGGCGGGUGGACGGGUAGGGCGGAAGAGCCAUGCGGACGCCGUUUCACUCUCGUCUGUUAUAAACAUAACUUUAAAGCAGUGUUUUUCAACCUUUUUUGUGCCACGGUACGUGUUUUUACAUUGGAAAAAUUUAGCGGCACACCACUAACCACCUCACGUGCAUCACUAACUCUAUUGGAGGAACGAAGCAAUCAGCUACGUGUUGCCACACGGACGAAUAUUUAAUUGCUGUGCCAGUCUUUACACCAUGGACACUCGACAAUUACAUAAUAUUUGCAGAAAAUGAUAAAUAAAUGUUAACUUAAAAAAAACUAUAUUGGAUAAUUCCUGAUGAUAAUAAUAAUAAUGAUUUCUCAUGGCACACCAGUUGAAAAUAACUGCUUUAAAGAGUGAACGGUUGAAGCUUUAUACUUCGAUCCUAUACUAAGGAAAUUUAAAACUUCAUCAUCCUUACAAACACCAACUCCCCUUUCUGCUUCCUCGUCCCGUUCUUUUCUUCGUUAACGCUGCUACAUGUGCUAGCCACACGCUUGGCUCGCACAGAAAGGACACAACUGUAGUUUGGUUUUGCAAGUACUUGCAUAGCAUCGAGUGUACUUCAUAUAUUUAAACCACAAAGCAGUAUUUGCUAGUUCAUCAUGGAACAACAUACCUGCUGUCAAUUUGGACCUUACUUCAUUUGUCAGUGUAUUAUUUACCGACAAACAGCACUAACAUUAAUAUGGUAGAUCUUUACGCCGGCCCCCCUUCCCCGGUUACUCAUAGGACUACAUUUUAGUAGUCUCUAACAUCAAGCGGACGCUUUCCUUAGGCAAUAAGCGAUAUCGUGGCACACAGGGCACACAACCGAAUCCACCCAAUCUACUGUUGUAAUCGUUCACCGUUUUUUGCCCACCUCAAUCCCCUCGCCCCAACUGUGACUUCCACCAGCAAAAUGCAGCUUGGCAUUUGCAACAAACAAAAACGGCUUGUUUUCUCUGGUGUUUUAAUCUCCAGUUUGUGUUUUGCAGGCUAAUACCUCCUGAAUGAUACAUUUGGUUCCGAUGGCCUUAUGUCAUUUAUCUUGUCGUGUGAAACCCAACAAACCAACGUGGAAAAAACAUGCCUUCAUUUUUGAUCAUGCAUUGCCUUUUUUUGUCAACAACCUCAAUUCUUUGUUGCUCUGCUGUUUUCAAAGCAAGGUAUCACUUCUUCAACAACGCCCUCUCGUGGUCAAAGGCAAGACCUGCAACACGGACAAAUCUUUUGACCUGAUAAGUGCUUCUUUUCUCCCUCAUGGAUGACGUGGUGUUUAUCAAUUCGAUACUAACCUGCAAUUGUCUUUCAUUUUAACAUUGGAGCAGGCCAGGGGUGAUGCUCAAAAAUAUUUGGACAGUAAAAAAAAUACCUGUAUUUUAUUGACUUUACACCACGCAUCCAUACAUCCAUUCUUUGUAAUAUUCAUGAAUGUUUUAUUUAGAUAUUUUUUAAACAUGUAGGUUACUAAAAAAUACACUGAUUUCUACCAUGCAAUAUUUGAAUAUAUAUCUAUUUUUUAA